UACUGAAUUUACAUUUGCCUGCUUUAAAGCAGUGAGACACCAUAGCUCCAGCAGCAACAAGUGCUGUUGCGUUGCCCUUGGUUACCGGGCUAGCCUAGAGUGGGUUCAACAGUAGCUGGCUAGCACUGGUUAGCUGAGGACGGUGGCACAGAGUUAUGAAUUGCUAGUAAUCUAGCUGGCUAAUACACAAAUCUAUCACCUCUUUCAGUUGCCCGUUUUUAGGGUUUGUGUUUGGGACAUGUGCCGCUGCACUGAAGAGGAGACAUUCCUAGCUGCCUGUUGAAUAAGGAGAUGGGGAAGGUGCAGUGAUCCUAUGUCGACACCUGGAUCUCAGGUAUACUUAUUAGAAGGGCAAUGCAGUAUUGCUCUUGUCAGCUGUCUUUUCAGUGUGCUAGACAAUGAAGAAAAUCUUCAACUUCACCAAAAAGAAGAAGGGCUCUCCCAGUGCAUCCGACACCGGGAGUGUGCUUUCUGUGGGCUAUGAUUUGAAGGAGAAAGACUUGGGAAAGGUGCACAAAGCUGCAUUCACAGGUGAUGUGAGUAAGCUAAGACAGCUAGCAAAGAAGAAUGACUUAAAUCAGCUGGAUAAAGAGAACAGAACUGCUUUACAUGUAGCUUGUGUUCAUGGACAUACAGAGGUGGUUCAGUUUUUGGUGGAAAGUAAAGUCAAACUCAACCUAUGCGACAAUCAAAACCGCUCCGCCUUAAUGAAGGCGGUGCAAUGCCAGCAGGAUCGCUGUGUGUCCAUCCUUCUGGAACAUGAGGCCGAUCCCAACCUGGUGGACAUCAAUGGCAACACAGCACUGCAUUUGGCUGCCCGUAUCCCCUCCCUGUCUGUGGCCUUGCAGCUCCUGGAACAUGAGGCUAACAUCAACGCCCAGAACAAGGAAGGCAAUACUCCCUUAGCUCUGUCAGUGGAGGAGAACCAUACAGAAAUGGCUGAACUUUUACUCAAGGAGGGAGCAGAUGUUAAUGUCAAGAAUCAAGAACAACGGUCCUCUUUGAUGAUAGCUGCUUGCAGUGGACAAAUCAGCAUGGUGCGAUUACUACUACAGUACAAUGCUGACAUCACUGUGAAAGAUGAUAAAGGAUGGUCAUCUGAUGACUAUGCUGUAAUGAAUGGGCACCAUGCAUGUUCUCACCUAAUUAUUGAACAUGGGACAAAGAGGAAGGCCUUGCAGUCACCCUCCCAUCUCCCUUCCAGUAAGAAGAAGCAGACUUCUCUGUUGGGCAGUCCUGAGGCUGGCUUCUCUCUUGGAGGUCCAGCUCUAGACAAAGAUGCUGCAGAAGGAAGCUCCAAAGAAGCAGGGAAAGAUACGGAGGAUAAUUCUCAUGCAGAUUCCAUUAGUAGGGCUUCCAAAAGUGGCCCUGCUGAUUCUUGGCCCUCUACUGAUGAAGAUGAUGAGCUUGAUUUAAGCCCAAAGAAACCUCAAAAGGUAAACUUAAAGAAACUUAUGAGUGCCUCCAAGAGAGAGCGGAAGGAGGGCGAUGAGGCAGAAAUGUCAGAGUUGCCCUGUGGCAGCAAACAGGACACAGGGAGCCCAGAAGGUCCUGCAGAAGAAUCAGAGGAAGGUGAAGAGGAUGACGAAGAUGAGGAUGAGGAGGAGGAGGAUGAUGAUGAUGAUGAAGAAGAAGAUGAGGAGGAUAAUGAUGAGGAAGAAGAUGACGAUGAAGAAGAAGAAGAUGAGGAGGAGGAGGAGGAGGAGGAGGAGGAGGAUGGGGAUGAUAAUGCUGGUGAGGAGGAUGAGGAAGAUGAAGAAAGUGGUGGGGAAAAGGAGGAACAAAAGGAUGCAGAUGUUGCAAAAAUACAAGUACCUGAUAAAGGCAUAGAGGAUCCUGAGAUGGCAAAGUUCACAGCAGUGAAAGGCAGCGAGGAGAUCCCUGAGUCUGGUGUGCAGGUCAGUGAAUCUGAUCUGAAUGCUGAAGCUGAAGUACAGGCUGAGCAGUCAGCUGUAGAUUUGUUGGAAGAAGACGGUGUUACUAGAAAUGUGCAGUCAGGAGUCAUUGAAGAAACAGGUCUACAGGAGGAGAGUGCCUUUAAUGAAAGAGCUGAGUGUGUGAAAAUUGAUAAAGAGGAAGUUCCUGAAUUUACAAGUGAUGUCACUGUAAAUGUUGCUCCUGAAUCUCCACUUUGCCCUAGUCCAGCUCCAAGAGCUUUAGACGUAGAAGAUGACUGUCUUGUGUCUGCCAUCAGGGUUGAGUCAAGGAUCUCAGAUGAGGAGGAAGUGUUUUCAGAUCAUUUUUCAAAUCCCACAGGAGCAUUAAGGACACCUCUUCAGAGUUCUGGCAGUACACCAAGAAACAACAGAAUUGAGAGCAAUUGUGAGGAUGAUGGUGAGGAUGAAGACUGGGAUGAUGAAGAGGAUGAAGAGCUUUUAGAAGUUGAGAAAAGUGAAACUGUUGAUAAUGACGCACAUUUUGAGGCGGAUACCCCAGAAUUUGAGAAAGCAAAUGUUACAUCCGUGCAGAGUCAAUAUGACGAGGGUGAUAUAGGUGAUGAAGAACAUCCCGCCACCUCUGACCUAAAUUUAGAUAAUGGUGUGGUUUUGCAUGAUGGCACAGGUGGUGUUGAUGGUGAUGGUAGUGAUGAUGAUGAUGAUGAUGAUGAUGGUGGUGAUGAGGAUAAUGAUAAAGAUGUUAAUGAAGAUAAGUAUGAUAAACAAGAAGAAAUCAAUGAUACAAAAAAAUCAUCAAAAUUCUUGACACUUCUGGGACAAAAGGAAGAACCUGAAAGCUCUGACAACUCCUGGGACUCUGUCUCUGAUAAAGAAAAAGCAGAAGAGAUGAAAGAUGGUAACACAUUAGCUAUUGUAAUGGACGAUGAUGAUACAAAUAAGGACAGUUUGCUUGAAGAUAACCGUUCUCCACUAGAGACAACUAUUAGUUCUGAGGACGGGACAGUUAAGCAUCAGGGCGAUGAAGAGCAUAUACCAGUAUCUAUGAUUGUUGGGAAUGAUGAUGAUGAUCAGAGUGAUGAUUCAGAGCAUUGUCUGAAUGUAAGCGACAAAGAAGAAGACAAAAAUCAGGAUUCUGAUAGUGAGGUUCAACAAAUGCAAUACGACUUUGCAAGCAGGACUGUUAAAGUUACAGAAAUAAGUAACUCUGAUGACUCACAAGACAAUUCCCUGGUUGAAGAGACUGGUGACAUUCAAUUGAGUGCCGACAACCACAGUGAGGAUCAGCAGAAUACUGUAGCGAAACUCGAUGAAUCUUCGUCGGAAGGUAGUCUAUCAAACCCAACUUCACCCAGUCCAGCGCAUUCUGACUUGCACAGCCCAUCGCCUUCUAGGGUCAUACAUUGUCCAUCAGAGGACAAUGACCAAGAGUCACAGAUAACAGUUGUUGACAGAUUUAUUGAUGUGAAACAUCCCAGUCCAAACCUAAGCUCUUUAGAUGGUAUCGAUGAUUGUUUUGGGUUGGCUGAAGAAACUAAGAAUGAUCUUGAAGCUGAAAAGGAAGAACACGUGGUGUUUCACGAAGAUAUUCCUCAUACAGACAUUGAUGACGUUGAUUUAAACUCUCACUCUGAUGAGGAUGCUGUGAAGGAAGAACACGAAAAUUUAAGCUCAGAAGAGCAUCUAGAUGAGUCCAUGCAUCAAAAUAUUUCAGAGAAGGGAUCAGAGCAGGAGAACGUAUCUUCGGAAGAUGAAUCUGAGGAGGAUGAUGUAGCAGAGGAUGAUGAUAAAGCAGAAACUGACCAUGACGAAGAAGGGUCUGAGCAUGAUGAGGAGGAUGACAAUCCUCAGAAAGCUGAAAAAUCUCAGGAUAAGAAAAGGGAUUUUAUGUCAGAGUUGGGCAUUGAAAAGGAAGAUGAGGAGGAAGAUUCCCCUUGGGACUCAGAGUCUGGCUCAGACAGCCCAAGGAAAAAAACUCAAGAUGGAUCAAGCUCCCCAACCAAGUCCCAUAAAACCAUGGCCAGUAUUUGUGAGGAGAACAAUGAAGCCCUGCUUUACAUUCCGUCUUUCAUAAGAGGAUCGAAGCACAGUAGGGUAUUCAGCAGUGUUGGUUGGCCUGGAGGCCAGAAAGCAGCGGUUUUAAAAAACAGUCAGGUAGAAGAGAAAGAGGAGGAGGAGGAGGAGGAGGAGAAAGAGGAGGGGGAUGAGGAGGAGGAGGAGGAGAAUGAGGAUGAUGAAGAGGAUGAGGAAGUGAAAAAUGACCAAAAUAAUAAAGAAAAGCAGCCAAACCUUAUUCACAGAGAGCCAGUAUCAGUGCUGAGUACAAUAAUGCAUUCCAAAGGUGCUGAAAAGAAAACAGACUUUAUGGAGGAACUUGGCUUAGGAGAUGUUGAUGAUCUUGAAGAUGCUUCAGACUGGGACUCAGCUAGCACCACCAGUAGGGCUAGUAAAAACAUUCCAGCCUGCAAACUUGAUGAAGAGUUAGCAGGUGAAACUCCGGUGGCCCUGCCUGUCGUUCAGGAGCAAGAUCCAGAUACCUCUAGUCCAGAUGUACAGGAACCUGCUAGGCCAGAAUUAAAGGGACCUUCUCCUACAGCAACUCCUCCACUGCCGAACCCACGGACCCACACAGCUCACCCUGGAGUACAGUCCCAACCACAACCUCAACCUCAGCCUCGAACCCACAGGAACUCUGCUCAGAAGCCAGAGAGUGAUGAAGAGUCGGACUGGGACACAAACAACACCUCCAGUCCAACGAAAGCAACAAACCCACUGCCAAACAUUGUAAAGACUGAAACUGCGACACCACCAGAAGAUGGAGCAAGUGAAUGCAGCUCUGAAGCUAGUGAACCUCCAGAUAUGGAGAGAGAGCUUUUAGAAGCAGCUGAGUUAGAUGUAAAUAGGCCAUAUCACCUAGGCCCCUCUAAAUAUCAGUCGUCUGAACAUGAAAAAGAAGAGCAGGAGGGAAAAGAAAAGGAGGAUCAGAGUAACAUUACCUGGGAGCAACGGUACGAGAAAAUCUGGGUUGAAAUUGAGAAAAAGGAGACAAAAUCCCAGUACAAGAAUGUGGCUGCUGAGCUAAAAGAAAGAUUUGGAGAGAUAGAGCAGAAUGAACGGUGUGAGUCUACCAGAGAUGUAGAGUUGGAAGAAGAAGAGAGUAAAGAAGCAAAGAAAGAGAUGGAGAGUGAAACAGCGGUUCCUGAGAGUGCAUCAGAAGAAGAUUCUAGUGAGGAUGAGGGAGAGCCAAUUGUACGUCCGGCUGCCCGAGCCAGAACUGUUAGACUGGUAACGAUCCCUGAACAAAGAGAGUCUGGUGUGGAGGAGUCCUGCUCAGAAGAACCUAAAGGAGCAUCCUGCCACAUCCCCACUGAUGAAGAUGACAGCGAGGCAGAUCUUCCUCAUGAUGACUUCACCAAUGACGAAGACAUUCAGCAACCUUCUCCAGAGCUCCUUAAAGAAACAGAACGCAAUGACCAAGCGUGCAAACACACUGCAAAUCCUUCCAUUGAAGCAAAUGAAAAUGAAGCAAAUACUGGCUUGCCUGUGACAUGUGACCUGGCAAAAGAACAGUUAACAGAAGAAGCUAUGAGUAGCCCAGUCCGUUUUGUUAGUGAGCUGAAGAUCCCUUUCUCAAAAUCAGAAGCACAGUCCUCCAACUCAGAGGAAGAGGUUGAGGAGGGCCGACAGAAGUGCAUAAGUGAGAGUGGUGUGGCAAAGGCUGAUGACAUGAAAGUGAAGUCUAAAAGCACUGCUUUAUGGGAGUCCAGUAAGCAGCCUGAAGUUGAACAAGAAAAAGGAAAGAAAGCAGAAACCAACACUAGCAAACCAAUACCUGAACAGGAAGGGAACAGUGACCGUGGCUCUCCACAGAAGGAUGAUGGUUUGGAGGGAAGGGAUAGUGUUUCACCAAGAUGGCAGACAAGAAGCCCAAGAAGCAAAAACAGGAGGACACCAGCAGAUGAAGAUGAACAGAAGAGGACUCAUGGUAGCCAGGGGAACCUUCUGCGUGUCCCUGCCCCACAGCAGGCUAGACCUCCCUUCCCUGUGAACCACCGUAAUGGAGACCCCCUGUCUGUGUUUGACGAUAGUUCUUUAAGUGAGGUGUCAGAAGAUGAAGGAAGGUAUCCAUCCUCAAGAUAUAAGACUGAAAAGAGUGGUGGAGAGUUGGAAAUGGCAGAUGAUUUUGAAGACCUCACUCAGUCUUCAGACACAGCCACUGAAGAGCUGGACUCUGCUGCAUCAGGGUACCGCCAUGCUUCUCUGCUCAUCAACCAGCUGGACUCCAGCUCUAUAGAUUCUGUGAGCAUGGUGAAGUUGCAGAACAUGUUUCGAGAGUAUGAGCACACUAUCCAGAGGGAACGCAGCAGGCACAGCCGUCUAGUUGACAAGGUAUCUCAGCUGGAGCAGGAGCGGAGUGACCUUAGGCUCCUUCUGGAGGAGACCAGAGACAACAAGUCCAGCCUGGAGCACUUACGAUUAGAGUUAGAGACCGACCUCAACAACCUCAAAUUUUUGUUGAAGCAAGAACAAGAAAAGCACCAGAGCGCAUCCAUGCUGUACGAUAAGACUCGUGAGCAACUGAGAAGGAAAGAAGAGCAGCACCGCGCUGAGGCAGAGGAGAGGCAGAAAGUAGAGCUUAAUAUGCGCAACCUGGAGCUUGAGAUGCGGGCUUUGAUGAACACCUUGAAGCAGCUAGAAGAGGACAGGAAUGAAACCCAGCGUCUUUUGGCCCAUGAACGAAGUGCCCGAGCUUUGCAAGAAGAAUUGCUGAACAGUCACCUACGCAAGCAGCAGGACAUCGAGGAAGAGAACCUUAAAAAUCUCAACAAGAGCAAUGAGGUCAUGUCUCAGCUCACAGAGGUCAGUGAUCGUGAGAGGGAGCUGCAGCAGCAGGUCUGCACCCUGCAGGAGGAACUGAGCUGCGUUCGGGCCGAGUUGGAUCGCUCACACUGUCAUAGCCAACAAGAGGAGAGCAGACUGUCUGAGGAGAGGGAUGCUCUGCGGGAGAGGCUUGAGGAUGCCCGGCGUGACCUGAAGCUGAAUGAAGAGGCUCUGACCCAGACUGUCUUUCAGUACAAUGGGCAGCUCAGUGCACUGAAGGCAGAAUGCUCAGUGGUGAGCGCCAAGCUUGAGCAUGAGAGGCAGACACGUCAACAGCUGGAGGCUGAGGCAGAGGCCAGCAGAGCACGACUUCAGGCAGCACUGCAGGAGACUGAAAGAUGUCAGGCGCUGCGUACAGAGGCAGAGCGCGCUCUGCAGCGUGAGCGAGAUGAACACCAGCGAGCUCAGGACAAGCGUUCUAUGGAGUCCGGUUCCCAGCGAGACACUAUCCAGUCUCUGUCGCAGAAGCUAAGCAAAGCUGAGGCCCGUGCCAACAGUCUGGAGAAUGAGUGCCAUCGCACGGCUCUGAGCGUGACUGAGAAGGGUGUGCUGCUGGAGACAGUGAUGCGAGAGCGGGAGCAGGCUCAAGCCCGUUUAAAAGAGCUGGAGGCGGCACUGCAGAGUGAGCGGGAGCAGUCUACCCGGACUUCUGCCAGGCACGAAGCUGUGCAGGAGAGGCUAGCCCAGGCCCAGAGUGAGGCAGCGCUGCUCAGACAGCAGCUUGAGGAGGCCAAUAACAAAGGCACAGCCAAGGAAAGGGCAGCCACAGAUGCACAAGAGCGGUUUGCUGAUGUGCUGAACCAGCUGCGGGCAGAUGGAGAGGAGAGAGUGCAGCUGGUGGAAGAGAGGAGCAAAGAACUGGCCACCAAAAAUGCUGAGCUCAGAGAGCAGAACUACAAACUGGAGCAGGAGAAAGGCGAGAGAGAGAGCUCUUUAAGGCAGCUGCAGCAGGAACUGGCAGACUCUCUAAAGAAGCUGUCCAUGUGUGAGGCAUCUCUGGAGGUCAACACUCGCUACCGCAAUGACCUGGAGGAAGAGAAAGUGCGCACGCAGAAAGAGUUGGACAGACUUAGGGGAAAGCUGCAGGAGAGCGAGGAGCAGUAUGUGCAGGGGGAAAGGCGCAUAAACAGCUUGAAGGGCAGCCUGGAUGAGAAAGAGCGAGAGGUCAUCAGCACUGGUCAGAAACUACAGGAGGUGCUCGCUGCUUCAACAAGCACAGAACAAACUAUUAAACAACUAGAGGAAGCAGUGCAAAGGUUAGAGAUUGAGAACGCCAGACUGGAGGCGGCCGCCAAACAGCAGACCAACCGCAUUGAAGUGCUUCAGAAAGAAGUCCAGGAAGCAAAUGUGCCAUCAAAUUCAUCACCAGGAGGAGGGAUGCGACAUAGAUUUGAAGAUUUGGUUACAAAUCUUCAAAGCAGUAAGAUGACUCUGGAGGAUCAGCUCAGUCGUGAGAUGCAGAAGCAGUCUAUGCUAUCCCACAAUGCCCAGGACUCACAGGCUCUGUGGGAGGAAGAACUCAAGAGUCGUUCACGGAUUGGACUUCGUCUUGCUGAAUUAGAGAAGGAGAAAGGAGAGCUCAGCAGUCAGAUGGAGUUAGAGAAGAAGAAGGCCAAGAAGAUAGCAGAGCAGAAGAAAGCUGUGGAUUCCCGGCUGGAUGAGGAAAUGAAGAGAAACACUGAGCUACAGAAAGAAAUGUACAGGUUGCGAACUUUGGUGAAGACUGCGAAAAAGAAGCUAAGAGAACAGGAUGGAGGAGAGCUGGCUUCUCCUUUUGGCAGUCUAAGAGGAGAGACGGGACAUAGACAUAGUGAAGCAGAAGGAGCCAUCAGCAGGAUGAAGAGUAAAGUGGAUGAUCUCCAGGUGCAGUUGGAGCGAGAGGCUUCACGCUGUUCCAGACUGGAAGAGGUGAACAAACAGCUAAAGGAGCAGCUCGGCUCGCUGAAGAGCCUGCGCCGCAGUCACGAGUGUCUGGAGCGCAGCAAGAGGCAGCUGGAGGAGGAGGUAACGGGUCUGCGCAGACAAGUGGAGUCAGGGCUCAUGGAUCAGAGCCAAGCUGAGCAAUAUCGUAGAGAGACUGAGGAGAGAGCCAGACAGGAGAUCCGCCACAAACUGGAGGAGGUCAACCUCUUUCUGCAGACCCAGGCGGCUUCUCAGGAGGCUUUGGAGCAGAUAAAGGCAGCUAACGAGGCCAGCCAGAGAGCUCAGCUGGAGCAGCGCAUUAAAGAGUUGGAGGGUGAGCUAAGCCGCGUGCGCACCAACCAGCAGGACAGCCAAGUACAAAGAGACUCCAGUCGCACAGAGCUUGAACGCUAUAAACAGCUGUACACCGAGGAGCUGAGACUCCGAAAGAGCUUCGCUGCCAAACUGGACAGGUCUAAUGAGCGGCUAGCAGAGGCUAAUACUAAGCUGCUGAGUGAGAGACAGCGCAGCAAGUCUCUGCUCACCAGCAGCAUCAUGAACGGCAGUCUGGCAGGGCCAGGGCUGGAUGCAGCAUCUCUAGGUUCUGUGGGGGCCUAUGGGGCCUCACUGGGACCCCUCAACAGAAGCCUGGGCCUGGGAUCCCCUCUGCUAGGUUCUGUAGGGGAACCACCAAGCAACCGUGUAGAAGCAUACCUGGCAAAGAUGCAGUCGGAACUAGAGAAAAACAUAUCAAAGGAGUUGGACUGUGUCACAGCUGAGCUGGAUGGUGGAUCGGCCCGAAUGUCUCCAGUGGGUUCUGCCUCUGAGUCUCAGAAGAAUCUGAAUUUUAACAUUAAUCUGGAGCAGCAGGAUCCGUUGAGCAGAGCCACCCAGCAGUAUCUGGAGGUUCUCAAGAAGAACUACAUGAUCUGACCAGAGUGUAGACCUCACAUUAAAAAGGGCCAAUGUGCUUAGGAGCUUUGCACAAUUAUUAUGACCUUAAACCUUCCUAAAAUACAGAGAAUAUGAGAAGAAUUUAA